UUAGCGGCUCCGUGCAUCGGCGAUUAGUGGCUAUAUUUUCUUCAUUAAAUGUAUUAUAAUGGAAUUAUGUGUCUUAAUUGCUAAGUUAUAGUAAGAUAAUACUAUUAUAAAAUUAUGGCGAACCACUACGAGGUGCCCAGCUGGGCUGGCAAACCACCCACUGGCCUGCAUUUGGACGUGUUGAAAGGGGACAAACUAAUUCAGAAACUGAUGAUAGAUGAGAAGAAAUGUUACUUAUUUGGCCGGAAUCCUCAAAUGAAUGACUUCUGUAUAGACCAUGCCAGUUGUUCCAGAGUGCAUGCGGCGUUUGUGUAUCAUAAAGACUUAAACAGAGCCUUUUUAGUGGAUUUGGGAAGUACACAUGGCACUUAUAUUGGUAAAAUGCGUUUGGAAGCACACAAGCCGACACAGCUGCCUAUAGACUCCAAUUUCCAUUUUGGGGCUUCCACAAGAAACUAUAUUAUAAGAGAGCGGCCGAUGGGCAACGCGCGCGGUAUCAUGGAGGAGCUUCCUAACACCGAGACAGAGGGCGCGCUGCUCGGCCUGCCCGAGACACAGACAGAACUAGAUAACUUAACGGAAUUCAACACGGCGCACAACAGGCGGAUUUCCAUGCUGGGUAUCUCUACAGACGAUGGCAGUGAUGUCAUGAAGCCACCAACGGGCACCAAACGCUCAGCGUCCACGCCAGCGGGCGGCGUGCUCAAAAAACAGCGCCGAAACGUCUCGUUCAACGAAGAGGUGGACAUCAUCAACCCAGAGGACAUUGACCCCACGAUUGGCCGGUUCAGGAACCUGGUUAAGAGCACUAUAGUGCCUAAUGCCAAUAAUGCACCUAGGAAGCUGAAACUACAGAGCGCUGAUGACAGUCAACAUCACCACUCGCUGAGAUUACAGGAGAUAUCGCGCGGCGCCGCAUUGUAUUCCGACCUGCCGGCACCCAGCUCUCAUCUUAGCCUCAUCGGCGCAAGGCUGGGGCUGUCGCUGCCCAACCCGGCGCCCGACGUGGAGCUGGAGGGCCCCGAGCCGCUGCUCCACGCGCCGCCGCCACAACAAGCAUCAGAAGAAUCGGGUCCAUCCAACGAGCCGAAACGGAAGAAAUACGCCAAGGAGGCGUGGCCGGGCCGCAAGCCGGGCCUCCUGCCCGCCGUGUGAGACCCUUCCUGUCGCCAUAUACGGCCAUUUUCAGAAUUUGAGCCCCCCAAUUAGCGUAAGUUGUUAACAAAAAUUAACUCACUGUCAGUUUUGUGACGACAAGUUAAGCAUGAAAUCUGUCUAAAAAA